AUGGAGACGGAGCUUAAGCACCGAAACGUCACGAAAACUAAUGGGUCAGCCGUUCCCGCCACUCCGGCACCGGCGCCGGAAAAAGAAGCUGUCGCGUACCAGCCAAAGCCCGAACCCGAGGCGCACCCCGCCGGCGAGAUCAAACAUGGCCGCUCCGUACAAAUAUUCCGCGGUGUUACGCUGGGGAUCUACUUUGGUCUAUCGUGCCUUGCCGUCGUAUUGACCCAGCUCAUUGGCGCACCGCUCUACUUUUUUGAUCGCAAUCUGUUCUAUUCGUACAUGGCUGUCACGAAGCAGUCCUUUGCACUGCUAUCCAUGUCUGUUACUCAGUGGUGGGGACCUACAGUCAUGCGUAUUAGCGGAGAUGCGUCCGUAGCCGGCCAGAUUCAUCAGACCGAAGAUGGUAGGGUCGAGUUUAGCUUCCCCGAGAGAAUAGUUUUGAUCGCCAACCACCAGAUCUACACGGACUGGCUCUACCUCUGGUGGGCCGGAUACGCGAAUAACCCGCAGAUGCAUGGCUACAUCUACAUCAUUCUAAAGGAAUCCCUCAAAUAUAUCCCUGUCCUUGGCCAGGGAAUGCUGUUCUACGGAUUCAUCUUCAUGUCGCGCAAGAUGGCUGUCGACCAGCCUCGUCUCGCCUAUCGUCUUCAGAGGCUCAAGGAAGAACAUAUUGCGCCCGACGGUAGCAAAUACUUGAAUCCCAUGUGGCUUCUUCUGUUCCCCGAGGGAACUACUGUCACGAAGAAUGGACGAGCCAAGUCGGUCAAGUGGUCCCAGAAGAUGGGCUACAGGGAUCCCGAGCACGUACUGCUACCCCGUAGCACGGGCACGUUGUUCUGCUUGAGGGAGUUGAAGGGGACGGUUGAAUACGUUUACGACUGCACCGUCGCCUACGAGGGCAUUCCUCGAGGACAUUACGGCGAGGACUUCUUUGGCCUCUCAAGCACCUACCUCCAAGGCCGUCCACCCAAGUCGGUCAACUUUUACUGGCGCCGAUUCCGCGUCGAUGACAUCCCCCUCGAAGACGACUCCGAGUUCGACGCCUGGCUCCGUGAACGGUGGUACGAGAAAGACGCCCUCAUAGAGGAUUACCUCAACACUGGACGCUUCCCGCGCGCUACCGACGACAUCGGCACCAACGGAUACGUCGAGACCGAGGUUAGGACCAAGUAUGCUGGCGAAUUUACGAGGAUCUACGUCGUUUUGGGCGCUGUCUAUUUGAUUUGGAGGAUUUUGAUGAGGAUCUGGGCGAGAUUUGCGGGCUGA